AUGGCGCGUGCCAUGGGGCCGGUUCGUCUCAAGAAGGCGAACCCCAUAACUCUCGCCAUCGGCACUGUCUUGUGCAUCUUCAUUCUAUACUUCCUCGUCGCUCCCUCAGGGUCCAGCAGCGGCGGCGGCGGCGGCGGCAGCAGCAUCUCCCUUGCCAACGUCAAGAAGCCGACCGUCGCCAGCCAUCCUCUGUCCCCGCCGACCUCACCCUUCCGGAAACCCAUCGCCGACAAGAAUGGCAGGUCUGCGCCGCCACCCGUUGUUCACUACAACCUGAACAACGUCACAAUCUCUGCGAAUCCCAUCGAGAACAAUGAGAACGUCCUCAUCCUGACCCCGAUGGCCCGCUUCUACCAGGAGUACUGGGACAACCUACUGAGACUCACAUACCCACAUCAACUUAUAACACUGGGCUUCAUACUUCCCAAGAACAAAGAAGGAAACGAGGCGACGUCAUUGCUACAGGCGCAGAUAUCCAAGACGCAAAAGUCCGGUCCCGAGAAGGACCGCUUUAAGAGCAUCAUCAUCCUCAGGCAGGACUUUGACCCGCCGCUGUCUUCGCAGGACGAGAGUGAAAGGCACAAGAUGCAGAACCAGAAACCACGGCGCGCUUCAAUGGCGAAAGCGCGCAACUCCCUUCUCUUCACAACGCUGGGACCAUCGGUGUCCUGGGUUCUAUGGCUGGAUGCUGAUGUAGUCGAGUCCCCGCCCGAUAUGAUUCAGGACCUAGCUGCUCACAACAAGGCCAUUGUCGUCCCGAACUGCUUCCAGAGGUAUUAUGACGAGACGACGAAGGAGAUGGCUGAGCGUGCAUACGACUUCAACAACUGGAAGGACAGCCCUACGGCCCAGGAGCUUGCGAGUAAGAUGGGCAAGGAUGAUAUCCUGCUGGAAGGCUACGCCGAGAUGCCCACGUUCCGAGCGCUCAUGGCCUAUAUGUACGACGAACGGGAAGAUAUUCACCUUGAGGUCGAGCUGGAUGGUGUCGGAGGCACGGCAGUACUGGUCAAGGCAGACGUGCAUCGUGACGGAGCCAUGUUCCCUCCUUUCCCGUUCUACCAUCUCAUCGAGACGGAGGGGUUCGCCAAGAUGGCAGCGCGCCUGGGCUGGAAAUCCACCGGUCUUCCCAAUUACAAGGUUUACCACUAUAACGAGUGA